AUGUUUUUUUUCAUUACUGUCAUUAUAGUUUUGCUCAUUUAUGUUAUGUCUAGAAAGAGGUCUUCUAGUUCUCGUAUUUCCAUUCACAAACGUAAAUACGUUUUUAUAACUGGCUGCGACACAGGUUUUGGUUUCAACGCUGCUGUGCAUCUAGAUUCGCUCGGUUUCUCUGUAAUAGCGACGCAUUUAACGGAAGAAGGAAAGAUUAAUCUUCGUAAACAUUGUAGCGAGAGUUUAUGCUUGAUUAAAAUGGACGUUACUGAUUUUGAACAAAUUCAGAAGGCAUAUCGUUUUGUGCAGCAGACAAUUACGCCUGGAUACGAAUUAUGGGCUGUCAUUAACAAUGCAGGGAUCUGUAACAUCGGUCCGUUGGAUUGGCAAAGCUUAGAAACGAUUAAAAGAAUGAUAGAUGUGAAUUUGUGGGGAUUAGUUGCUGUAACAAAAACAUUUUUACCACUUUUAAAAAAAUCCGGAGGUCGUCUAAUAAAUCUAUCAAGCAUUGGAGGACGACUUAGUCUUCCUUACAUGGGAGGCUACUGUUCUAGUAAAUUUGCCGUUGAAGCUUUCACAGAUGCUUUAAGAGUAGAGUUACACCACUGGAAAAUAAAGAUAGCGCUUAUUGAGCCAGGUUUCUUCCGAACAAACAUGACAUCGAAGGAAAACUUGGCUUUUCAAUUAGAUGAAAUGUGGUCAAAUUUAUCUCAAGAAAAAAAGACAGAGUAUGGGGAGAAAUUCUUGGAAAAAACUAAAAGCAACAUUCUUUCUGGAGUGGUAGAAACAUGCGCCUCAGAAAAUAUUCAAGUUGUAACAGAGGCUAUUGUUCAUGCUGUGACCUCAUUCCAUCCAAAGAUACGUUAUACGUUAGGCUGGGAUGCAAAUAUCAUUUGGAUUUGGUUGUCACGUUUACCGUCAAAGGCAGGGGAUUUUAUGAAAUAUCAUAUUUGUAAAAUAGAAGCUCCUCAGAUAAAAAUACAAGAAAACUAAAAUCGUCAAGAGUUACAACUUUUAUCUCUACGUUGAUUCUAGAUUAUGAAUGUUUCGAUAUUAGUAGCUUCGAUAGUUGUUUUCUUAACUCUUAUCAUCAUUUCCUCAUUUUUUGUGUUAUUUCAAUAAAUCAUUAAAUAAAGCUCGUGCUUUUUCUCUCCUA